GAGUGAAGUGAGGCCACUCAAAAAAGAAAACAAAAUUUAGAUACACAAACCUUUCUCCUUCCUCUUUCCUCUCUCAGCUCAUUUUCCUCCUUUUCUCUCUCUCUUAUACCCCACUUCGUGAAAACAAAGCCAACCCACACACCUCAAGGCUUGUUCCUCAACCUAGCCGAUUCAGGAAAACAUACAGGUUUUUAAUUUUUCGUUUUUUUAAUUUGUUAGAGUCUCAUCUUUAAUUAAAAAAAAAAAAAAGCUAUUCUUGCAAUUUUCUCCUUCCUGUUCUCUAGUUUUGGAAUUGAGACAGGCUCUCUUCUGUUGGUAUACUUAAAACUUAGUAACCUUUGAUUUAUUUUUUAGAUUGGUAACUUGUUUUGAUAUUGUAAAGCAUGGGAACAACUAUAGAUAUGUACAAUAAUAAUAGCAACAUAGCACCGGAUUUCUUAGAUCCAUAUAGUGAAGAGCUGAUGAAAGCACUUAAACCUUUUUUGAAAAGUGAUUAUUCAUCAACUUCUCUCUCACGGGAAUCACACACACUACCCAAAUCGUAUCCCAACCCAAUCUUCUCCAACCAAUCUAGUUCCCUUGGGCUCAACCAACUCACCCCAUCUCAAAUUCUUCAAAUUCAAACCCAAAUCCAAAUUCGGCAGCAACAGCAGCAGCUCUACGCGGGUUCGUUCAAACCCCAAAACCAAAACCAAAACCAAAACCAAAACCAAAGCUUUCUCGCCCCAAAGCGCGUUCCUAUGAAGCACGUUGGCACAAGCGCGAAACCCGGGAAGCUGUACCGUGGGGUGAGACAGCGACAUUGGGGGAAGUGGGUGGCUGAGAUAAGACUCCCAAAGAAUCGAACCCGUCUCUGGCUUGGAACAUUCGACACCGCAGAGGAAGCAGCGUUGGCAUACGACAACGCAGCGUUUAAGCUUCGAGGUGAAUUUGCACGCCUCAAUUUCCCUCAUCUGAAGCACCAUGGACCCUUUGUUUUUGGCGAUUUCGGAGAUUACAAGCCUCUACCUUCUGCCGUCGAUUCCAAGCUCCAAGCUAUUUGUGAAAGCUUAGCCGUUUCGCGCAAACAGGGGAAUGAAAAACAAAAACCCUUUCCCUCUGUUGAAGAUGUAAAGCCUGUGAUACAAGCUCCUUCGCUGGAUGAGUUGGACUCUGACGUGGCACAAUUCAACGGUCAACAGGAUUUUCCAGAGUUCGAGGAUUUUAAGGUGGAGAAUCCAACGUUGUCGCCUGAAUCUUCACCCGGUUCUUCUUCGCCUGAAUCCGGUGUUACUUUCUUGGAUUUCUCGGAUUUCUCGGAUUCUAAUGAAAUGGAGAAUUUUGGGUUGGAGAAGUACCCUUCUGUGGAGAUUGAUUGGGCUGCUAUAUGACAAUCAAAUCGUUCGUUGUGAUCGUUGUCUCUGAAUGGUUUAGAUUACUAUGUUGUUGGGUUAGUAGUAUGUAUAUUUAUAUUUUGUAAUAUUUUUUAGGUUAUGUUUUAGUGUCUUGGGCAGCAUCUGCAAUGAAGUUUUUGACAUUUGCAGAUUUUUGCCGAGACACAACUAGAAAAUUUAGGGUACUAAAUCAAAGAGUCGUAGUGGGUAUGGUCCAAUGGUGUUUCUGGUCUGCUGCGGUUUUUUUAAUUCCUUGCAUGACCAUGGGAGCUUCUACUUGUGUUUCUUGGCUAGCUACUCCUUGUGCAACUGUAAUUAUAGUGCCUUUGCGAUAUAUGAAAAUGAAAAUUUUGCUUGUUCUUGUAAAGCAUAGACAACUAUACAUAGGGUUUGAAAAUUUCUUUUAUAUGUAAUUGUUGUGUGGAAAUUUGCUAUCACUAGCCAAUUUUACUGGCUCAGAAACGCUGUUUGAU